AUGGCUACAGGUGGUAACUCAUCUAAUACAGAUAUGGUACCAGAGAUUAAUAAGCUACCACUAGAAAAUCACAUUCCUGUUGGUCAGAACUUAGAACAACUAAGGAAUGAGCCGCAGGGUAAUGAGGCCUUGAUAUUGGAGAUGAGGAAUUUGAUACAAAGGUUGAAAUUGUCUAUGCGUACCAUGCCAUAUGUGAUUAAUGUGUCGACGCUGGUGGGAAUUUUUGUAAGAACCAACUACGCUUGUCUAGGUAUUGAUUUGAGAUUUGAGAAUAGAUCAACUACCAUCGAUUUGAUCUAUCUACCCAUGAUUGGGAUUGAUAUAGUUGUGUGUAUGGACUGGCGGUCGGUAAAUAAUACGACACUAAAUUGUGCAAGAAAGAUAAUAUCCUUGCCAGUAUAUACUACACCUACAAUGAAACCCAGUCAGUCAAGACUCUUGUCUAUAAUGCAAGAAGAAAAGUGCAUUCAAUAUGGUUGUCAAGCAUAUGUAGUGUUCUUUUUCAUUCAUGCUGCUUAUAAUGGAGGAAUUGAGAGAAUUGGAGUAGUGAAUGAAUUUCUCAAAGUCUUUUUGGAAGAAGUGUCUAGAUUGCCGCCUGAGCGAGAGGUGAAAUUUUCUAUUGACCUUGUGCCUGGAACUGAACCCAUAUCAAAAGCUCUGUAUCGGUUGUCUCCAUCUAAGUUGGCAAAGCUAAAGAAAUAA